CAGAAUCUACAUAGUCCAAGGUAUAUUUGUAGAAAAUUUCAUUAAAAAAAUAUCCAUUUUCUUGAAAGUUAAAAUAAAUUGAGGUGGACUCCAGUGAAUUUUCUAAAAUUCCCCACCCGACCCCCUCCUAAAAUACUUUCCCCCCCAAAAUUUGUAUAUUCGGAAUCUACAUGAUAUAACAUAUUCAUAGAAAAUUUCAUUAAAAAAUAUCCAUUUUUCUAGAAAUCAUGAUCAUCCAAAGUCAGGGUGGGGGGAAGAAGUCUGUAGUUAUGCCCAGUAAUAUACCAACAUUUCAUGAAAUGCAUUUGAUGGGGGUCUUUUUAUGUGGGUCAAUGAUUCACUCAUUUUUUUUUUUAUCCAAAUAACAACAUCCAUACUCAGACUAUAGAAGAGCGAUGGAUGUUCAUCAUGAAGAAGAAAGGUGACAUUGUGGAGUUACUCCUUUACUUGUUUCAGUCACUUGAUUGCCGCCAUGCUGGAGCACCGCCUUGAAGGGCUUUAGUCAAACGAAAAGUCCCCUUAUUUUUGAAGCUUAGUACUUAUUCUAUUGUGUUUUUUAUUUGUUUGUUUUGUUUUUUAUUGCCGAACUGCUGUGGGGACGUAAACACUGCAACAUUAGUCAAAUAAAGGGUUGGGUUCGAGAUUCCAUCAGAACACAUGAUGAAGGCUGGAGAGUACAUCAGCUGAAACGUGAUAACAAACAUGAUGAGGACAUCUAUCUCUUCACUGAAAAUAAUGUACAGCAACAGUGGUUAUAAGUGGUGACAGGGUGUCAAACACACACACACAUGCAUAGGCAGACUUCAGAGUUGGGAAGCACCAACAAGUUCGAAUUUCUCCAUUUUGACGGAGUUUUUUCAAAUUUCUUUUCACGGUGCCCUUGCAAAAAUGAUCUGGAGUAUCUGUUUAACAAGUAAACUUAUCUUCCCUUUUCUGGAGUGAUUGUGGUCAAUUUUGUGGGCGCCAUGCACUUAAAAUCCAUGCAUAACUACAGAUUUCUGCCCCACCGACUUUGGAUGAUCAUAACUUUCAGAAAAAUAGAUAUUUUUUAAUGGAAUUUUCUACAAACAUGUAUUAUAUCUUGUAGAUUCCGAAUAAACAAAGUUUGGUGGGGGGGAUACAUAUGAACGAAGUCCCAUGAAGUUAUUAUACUUUCUGAAUGAAGAACACAAACAUGUUAUUGAAUAUUGCGUUUGCUUCUAUCAGGACCAUUUACCUUUAAAGCGAAAAAACAAAACCAACAUAUACGACAGGUUAUCUGGUUACAUUGAUAUGACAAUUUUUCACAGAAGACAUCAACGGAUUAAGGAACGAUAUGAAACACUGAAGAUUUACUCCUUGAAAAUAUCAUGCGACAGAGAUUAUCUGACUUGACAGAAAUUUUUUGAAGUUGAUUUGAUAUACAUUUCAUGGAUGAUUUUGUUUAAUGGUUGAACUUUAGUAGAAAACUUUACUAGCCUUAUGUGUGAUACCUUAUGGAUCUGAAUAUAUUUUUAAAACUAGAUUGAAUACUAUCAUGUUUAGGAUGGUUCGUUGUAUUUAGAAUAAUUCAAAUUUUGGAGAAUUAAUGUGUCCUUUAAAAAGUUUGAAAGAUAUUUAUUUAUAUCCACCGCAUAACCACAGAAAUUUUCAAACUUUGAUUUUUAUUGUUAGAUAAAAUAUACUGUUUGACUAUCAGUAAGUUUUGAUCUUAUUACCUUGUGCUCAGUAGCCUAGUACAUCACUACAUCUUAUAAAACACACAAUUUAACUUAAAACUGAGAUAAAAGACAAAAUCAUAUCUUGUGAGCAACAAAUGACACUAUGGAGGAGAGAGUAUGUGAGAAUCAGGACUAUGCUGAAACUCAAUGUGAAAAUAACAAGUUUCUUCACCAAAGUAAGGAAGAUGUAGGGAAGAAAUCAUACCACUGUGAUAUCAAAGGGAAGACAGUGACAAAAUAUAAAGAUAUUGGAGAACACAAAUCACUCCACACAAUUUCAAAUGUUUAUCAUUGUGAAAUUUGUGACAAAGUUUUUACAACAGACAGUUCCUUUUCAUCUCACAAACUUACUCACAAAGUUAUAAAACCAUAUUGCUGUGAUGUCUGUGGCAAAACAUUUUCUCAGAAUUCUAAUUUAACUCUUCAUAUAUGUACUCACAAAGGUGAGAAGCAAUACCAGUGUUAUAACUGUGGUUUAACAUUCUCUUGUAAAGAUGACUUGACUGUUCACAAUUGUACACACACAGGUGAAAAAUCAUACCAAUGUGACACCUGUGGUAAAACAUUUUCUAAGAAUUAUCACCUAACUCGUCACAUACGUACUCACACAGGUGAGAAACCACACCACUGUGAUAUUUGUGGUAAAAUAUUUUCUGAAAAUUACUACUUACAACGUCAUAAGCGUACUCAUUCAGGUGAAAAACCAUACCAUUGUGAUAUCUGUGCAGAAACAUUUUCCCGGAAAGAACAUUUGACUCGACACAUUCGUAUCCACACAGGUGAAAAACCAUACCACUGUGAUGUCUGUGAUAAAACAUUUACUCAGAAUUCUCACUUAAUUAGUCACAUGCGUACUCACACAGGUGAAAAACCAUAUCGCUGUAAAGUCUGUGGUGAAACAUUUUCACAGAGUUCACUUUUAAAUUGUCACAUACGUACUCACACUGACAAACAGUACCAGUGUGAUAUUUGUGGUGAAGCAUUUUUGUGUAAUGAUGACUUGACUGUUCACAAAUGUACUCAUACUAGUAAGAGUCUAUUCCACUGUGAUAUCUGUGGUAAAUCAUUUUCUCAGAACUCUCGCUUAACUCUUCAUAUGCGUACUCAUACAAAUGAAAAACCUUACCACUGUGGCAUUUGUGGUAAAUCAUUUUCUCAGAAUUUUUGUUUAACUCGUCACAUACGUACUCACACAGAUGCUAAACCAAUGUGAUAUCUGUGGUAAAUCAUUUUCUAAGAACUCUCACUUAACUCUUCAUAUACAUACUCAUACAAAUCAAAAACCUUACCACUGUGAUGUUUGUGGUAAACCAUUUUCUCAGAAUUUUUGUCUAAAUCCUCACAUACAUACUUACACACAUGUUAAACAAAUAUGAUAUAUGUGCUAAAGGUUUCACAUGUAACGAUAACUUGACUGUUCACAAAUAUGCUCACACAAAUGAAAAAAAUCAUAACACUAUAAUAUCUGUUGUAAAAUAUUCUCUCAGAGUUUUCAAUUAAUUUGUCACAUACUCACACAGGUUAGGAGCCGUACCACUGUGAUAUUUGUAGUAAAAUACUUUCUC